AUGAACUUGUACAAUAAGAAACUGUUACAAGUUAAGGAUGGCCCAUGGGAUGAUGAUUUAAAGAAAGGAUUAUGGUGUUGCAUCAUUUUGUUCAGCUCCAUUUUACAUUUAUGGCUUGAUAGCCUAAAUGACCCUGAGCCUUUGAAAACCAAGAUAAAAUACUGUAAAGUUUAUAUUUCAAAGCUCAUUAAGGGGGAGCUAGCUCCUGUUGCAGAUGAAGAAAAUGAGCAAUCACUAUCGGAUAUAACUAAUCCAAAACUCGAUAUCAAAGAUUUCUUUGAGACUAAAAAUGAGGAAGAUGAAAGGUCAGAUGUUGAAGAUGAAGUAUCUGGUAAUGUUACGGGAACCGAAGAACUUGAACCUAAUACUAAUAAAGAUUCAGAAUUGGAAUUCCCUAUAGAUGAUCAAGAGGAUGAAGUGAGGUCACUGAUUGAAAAGGCUAAAAGUGUGCUGAAAGAAAAACAAGAAGAAGAAGAAGAAGACCAAGAAAGCGAAUAUCACAAGCCACCAACUGAAGAUGAAAUCAAAUCUAUGAUUGCGAAAGUUGAGGCAAUGGAGGAACAAGAAAAUGAAAGUGAAAUUGCUGAGUCGCCUAAAUUCAUACUACCUGAGAUUCCUGAUUCCACACCGACGGCUGCUCCAGUAUUUAUAGAUGAGAGUGAUGAAUCUAUAAUGGAAGUUGAUGAGGAAAGUCCGGAUGUAGAGGAACCUAUAAUCAAGCCACAUCAAUAUAAGAAAGACGAGAUAGAGGAUAUGAUGGAUAGAGUUGGCCAAAUUGAAAAAAUUCAAAAACUUGCCAAAUAUGCUAUAAGUGCUUUAAAUUAUGAAGACAUAGGAACAGCGGAAGACCAAUUGACACAAGCGCUUGAAAUGUUACGUAAACUGAAAUGA